UAUAAACAAUACAUUUUCAGCAUGUCAUGAUUUAAAGAGCUAAUGAAAACUAAGAUUGUAAACAAAAGUCACGUGGUCUCAUAAUGUCUGAGAGAGGAAGUUCUGAAGCAGUUUCUGAAAAUGAGAAGAGCUAAUGUUGGAGGUAGUGGUAAUAUUUACCGGUCGAAUAUUCAGAGUACACAGAAGGAUGCUGACGAACAGAAAGCAGAAAAUGAGUUGAUGGAAGUUGUUCUAAAAGCAAAUCAGGCAUGUGAAGACGGUUUAUUCACCCAAGCUAUACACUUGUACUCAGAAGGUUUGCGCAGAGAACCCCAAAACGCCAUGGUGUUCAGCAACCGCAGUGCAGCGUACCUCCACUCAAAUGAUCUCCGUGCUGCGCUGAGUGACGCUGAUCGUGCCAUCAGACUACAACCAACUUGGAGCAAGGGCUACUUCAGGAAAGGACUGGCUUUGCAGAAACUCCAAGACUUUGAUGGAAGUGUUAUCAGUCUCGCUCAAGGACUCGCCUAUGAAACUCAAAGCAGACAAAUACUUUCAGCUAUUGUCGAAACGAUACUCCUCAGUAAUUUAAGAGAAACGUUCGACGGAACACAGAAGCAGCUCCGAAAGCUGGGCUUGGAUCAGAACCCCUUCGUAAUGUUAUCAGCUAUUGGGCAGGAGCUUCUUUCUGCUGGGAAGUUCAAAACAGCACUCUCUGUUCUGAAGAGCGCUGAGCAGGUAAACACCGAGAAUCUACGCUUGAAGGGAUCCCUGAUGUCUGCUCUCGCUUCAGCUCACUGGAAACUUGGUAAUCAGAAGCAGGCUAUUGGCUACAUGGAAGAAGACCUGGAAAUAUGCCGUUCCCUAGGUGACCAACACGGCGAAUGUAGAGUGAUGGGUAACCUGGGAAACGCCCACUAUACAACGCAACAGUACGACAGUGCCAUUCAGUACCACAAAGAUCAGCUGCUGCUCGCAACUGAGAUUAAGAGCAGGAAGACUGCUGGUAUGGCUCUGGGAAGUCUAGGCCAUACUUACUCGGCCAUAGGCGAACAAGACCAAGCCCUAGCGUGCCAUGAGCAGUGCGUGGCUCUCGCACAGGAGAUGGGCAACAAAGUCUCAGAGGCCGAGGAAUAUGGAAACAUUGGUUGUAUCCACCUGUCGAAAGGGGACCACUCAAAAGCGCUUCAGUACCAUGAGCUCCACUUGUCUAUUGCCCAAGAACUGGAUCAGUUACCACUGCAGACCAAAGCUUACUUCAACUUGGCUACUCUAUACCAACACAUACACGACUAUUCUCAAGCGCUCAAGUGCUACCAGGAGAUCCUGACAUUUGGUGUUAAGAUGAGGAGCAGAUCGGCGGAAAUGAGAGCGUACGCUGGUCUGGGGUCCUGCACUCGGCAGAUCGGGGAGCUCAUCACCUCACUUAACUACUACCAACAGUACCUGAGUAUCGCUCUUAAGAUACCAGACCAUUCCGCCGUCAGCAAAGCUCACUGUUGUUUGGGAAAUAUAAAUCAAGGAUUGGGCCGUCUGCCAGAAGCGCUUGAAUCUCACAAGAACCACCUAGUUAAAGUUCUGGAACAGAGGGACCGUAUGGCUGAGGGCAGGGUUUAUGGAAACUUGGGAAACGUCCACUGUGCCAUGGGCCAUUUUAACAAGGCUGUAAAACUUCACGAACAGGCGUUAACGAUAGCGGUGGAAGAAGGGGACACGGUGAGCCAAGCCUCCACAAAUGGUAAUCUGGGUAUUGCCUACCAGGGACUAGGAGAAGACAUCCCAGCACUGAAACAUCUGGACGCUCAUCUGACCAUAUCUAGAGAGUGUCAGGAUACGGAGGGGCAACUUAAGGCUCUGUCUAAUCUGGGCAACUUCCACGCUAACAAAUCAGACUUUAAUACCGCACAAGACCUGUUUCAAGAGCAGCUUGAGAUCAGUCAGGUCAGAGGUGACGUGGAGGCACAGUGCAAAUCUCUAAACAGUGUAGCACUACUCUACAAGAUACAGGGAUCACUUCACUCCUCCAUCAGCUUCGCUCAGAAAGCAGUCUCCCUUUCUGCAAACCGUCCUAGACUGCUCACCAAGAAUCUUGUUACACUUUCCAAACUGUAUCAUUUGAGAGGCCAGCACAAUGACGGGAGGAAUGCGUUACAACGAGCGUACGACACACAGACGGACACACAAACAGACACACAACAUUGUGUCCUCGUCAACGAGUUAGGUGGAGCUAAUUUGGAGUGUGGUUAUGUGAACUCUGCUCUGGAACUCUUUUCAAAACUAUCUGAUCUUGCUCAAGAUAAUCAGCUCUUCAACUUUGAAAUGAAUUCGUUAGCUGGAUAUGGGAAAAUCAACUUGCAGAACGGGAAUUAUGUCCGAGCUAAGGAAUACUUCGAGUCUGCCAUAUCAAUCUGUAAAGAGAGACAUCUGACGAAGGAUGAGUUUUACCAGCAGCUGAGUUUGAGUAGAGUGCUCUGUGCACUCCGGCAGUACGAAGAUGCUCACUCUUCCCUGGUCUCAGCUGGGGAGCUGCUGCCUAACAAACCUAAUCUCUCCCAAGAUGACAGGAACAUGUUAGCUGAACUCUCUUGUGGGUUCGGGGACCUCAGUCUUGCUAAAGGGGACUACACUGAUGCACUGGAACACUUCAAAGAGCAACGGAAUCUGUUAGUGGGUGAGGAGCAAAUCAGGGAAACUGGAAGCAUGGUUCUCUGUUUGUGGUUGUUGGGAAGCGGAUAUCAAGCUCUGAAGAUUCUGGAAUCUCUGGAAGAUUCUGUGACUGAAGAGUGUCCAUACGUGAUGCUGACUGUACUGGACACGCGAGCCAAGUUAAACAUGAGCGCAGGACGGUUCAGUGAGGCAAUACACCAGCACGAGAUGAGGUUAGAUCUGAUCAGAAGACAAGGAGACAGGGUUAAGGAGCUGUUGGUUCUGAGUGAUCUGGCAAACGCUUACCUGGUGGAGGGGCACUUCGACCAGGCGCUUGUAAACUAUGACCAGAGUCUCAUGAUAUCACGUGAUAUUGAUCAUGUGAUCGGGCAGUGUUACGCUCUCAUAGGUCAAGCUAAAUCGUAUUUUCAGAUGAGCGAGUUUGACACUUGUCUCAGGCUCUGUGACGAAGUCGAUGAUCUCUACAAGAAUUCCACCUUGAUCUCGUGCGAGUGUCGCCUACUUUUGGCAAGAUCAGCAUUGGAACUGAACGAAUUAGAACAGUGCAUAGAACAUGCUAGGAUGUGUAUCGAAGAGGCAACUUACUCACCCCUGCUGCUAGCUACUGCCACCGCAAUUCUUGGUCAAGCUCUCGUUGAAAAUGAGGAAGAAGCGGCCGGACACGAGGCAAUCGUUUCCUCUUGUUCCCAAUUUGAGAUCAUUCUGCUUCAACGAAGUAUAGACUUUAUUUACGAGCAAGUGAGCCCGAUUCAGGAGAUCUCCUACGCCUACCUUUACAACAUGCAACACAAACCUAUAGACACAAUGUGGGUUCAUGAGCGCCUCCUGAGGUGGGAGAGGGCCCGGUACUUAGCCCCCUCGUCCCCAUUUCCCGCCCCUCACGUCUCAUCCCAGUCUCUAAGUGAUGUGUGUGGGGCUCUGGGAGAGAAUAGUGUGUGCCUGGUAGUGAAAGUAAACACUACCCUGGUACAUACCUGGUACUUAGCUGGAGGUCAGCAGGGUCUCUGUGAUUACCACCAGGUUGAGAUCAGCGACAGGAACGAGUUCCUCAUGUCCUCAGAAGCUGCUGAAGUGAUGUUUGGAAAUGUUGUGAGUGACAUCAAGCGAGUCCUAAACACUCCAGAUUCCCUAAUUUACUUGGUUCUGUCGGAGGACUCCAUAACUCAACCCAUUGUCGACCAAGUGAAGUUCCAGCUGUUUCCUAGCAUACCUGUUUCCAUUUGCGGGUGUGUUGACGACCUCAGUAGACAUGCUCACCACACGACUCCAGAGAAAAGUCUAACUCCCGUCGUCUUCUCAUCACAUGACAUUCUCAACCAAGUUUCUGACCUGGUUAAUGGUCGCAGCACGACAAGAGUUGAAGACCUCAGAUCGUCCCACAUUCUCCACAUAUCUGCAGAUGUUAUUUCCUUCUCAGAACUGGAUCCGGAUAUGAUCUUUAUUGGAGACGUAUCUGCCGACUGUGUUAUUCUCUACAAUACAGGGGAGCUGUUGUACGAGGACAUCACGAGAAUAUCUGUCUGUUUACUCUCGAAUGUUCGGUGUGUUGUAACCCUUCUGGAAGUUUCUGAGAAUGUUCUUCUGUUCAUCGAGACUAUCAGUAAUCUUCUCAAGCAUGGGAGGAGCGUGAUAGAGGCGGUAACCUCGGAGAUGAGUCUCUUGCCCAAUCCUGCUACAGUACAAUGUUACGGGUGCGAUUGGUUGCCAAGACAACCUGACUACGUGUCAGGUGUGCGACUGUUGCUAAACUCUGCUGAUGAUAAUGAAAUCUGCCCGGCUAUCAGAGCCACUCUUGAAAUCAUUGACAAGAUAAAGACGGGAUUCAAUAGACAGGGUCCGAUGACGGUACAAUUUGAUAUACUGGGUCCUCUUCAAGGCUGGGAUGAAAUCCUACACUCUGUGGGAGCAGCCGUGUUCAGGGAUAGAGUAUCAGUCCCUGAGGAGAGAGAGGAGGGUGAGGAGGACUGGCUUCUGAAAACAGAGGAGGUAAGGACCAUGCUGACUUCUCUCUUGGACUGCGGGGAUGAUCUCUGUCGGGAACUCGUUCUGUUGCUCAGGAACAAGAACACUAAUGUCGUCACUCACAUCGCUGACAUACUGGAAGUGUACUUGAGCACCUCACAAGAGAAUGGUCCUCCUCCCAGACUACCUCUACCCACUGACAUCUACACAGCAGCUGCCGCUCUCAUUCAGGCAAUAGGUCUAUAUGACACAGGUGGUGUUGUCAAGGGGAGUGUUCUGCUGACUGUGUCCUCUGAAACUUCCCUGCUCAGGGCCGAAGCUGCUCUCUUCGUCAUCAAGUCUCUCUUCGAUUUGGGUAACGCUGAACAACCUUACCUCUCCCCUGCUGAUGACGUCGGAGCUAUAGAGAUUUAAAAAGCCCACUCACAGCUCAACUACUACUACUACUACUUAAGACACUACCAAAAGAGAUUUCCAACCUGCUGUCAGCUUACUCCCGAGAUACGAAAGUGAACAGUAAAAUGAUAUCGUAUUAGGCAACAAUGCGAAUGAAAAAGAAUGUUCAAACCGACGAAGUUCAAUGCAUCUGUUACGUGCCAAGUUAGAAAUGACGUAUCAGUGGGUUUGGUAGACCAUGAAAUAAGUUUUUCUCUUGAUGAAUCUGUACAUGUGAAGUAAUUUAUUGAUUUUUAUUUCUAGAGAAUUUCUGAUUUCUUCUAAUUAGACUGAGUUUAUUCAGAAGAAAUUAGAAGUUCUCUAGAAUAAAGCAUGAGAGAUUGAGGGAAACGAUUAAAGUUCCAGUCUAAAUUUCCCUAUUUGUUUGUCCGUAUUAUGUCAGUUUAGCAAAGAUUGUUUUUCAGUAUGCAAUGAGUAAUGACAUUUUGAUAUUCCAACAGUGUUACUUUACAGUUGAGUAAUUUGAAAAUGGAAGCUUUAUUUUAGAUAAAAUGAUAAUGUACAAUUUUUGAUUUCAAUUAAAUGACUUUCAGAACAAAA